UUGCACACCCCUCACUUGCUCUUUUCUCUCUCUCUCUCUCUGAGCUUCAGAUAAUCGGAGCCCAUAUCCUGCUGUAGCCUUCCAUCUGUGCAGAGCUGCAGAUGCAAGUGCAACUCCUGUUGUUUGGCCUGCUCUGUGUUCUUGGUCGUCGUCGUCUUCAUCAAGUACAACCACAUGGUCCAGCCACAGUGCAGUAACUCUGCAGCAGUCAUUUGACCGGUUACAUCUGCUGUGUGUUAGAUUGUUCAGCAGUAUACAUGGCCAUGGAUUCCUGAUGGGAGUGGCAUGGGAGUGAGUGCUUGAAACAGGCUCAAAAACCUUUCCUUUGCUGCACAUUGCAAGUUUGUAGCUGGGUUUCUCGAGGAGCUCUUGAUUUGGUGUGAUUUGAUGUGUGUGUAUUUAGCAUCUGGAUGAUCUGUUUUAUGAUCUGAGUUGUGAUAGGUCCCAGUGUUGUUGUGUUCUUGUGGAUUCAUAGAUUUGCUGCAUUUCUUGAUGGGUCGUUGUUGAUUGGAUUUGUGGGUGGAGAAGAUGAGCGUUCCGCAUCUGUUCAGGUGCCCGAUCAGCCUGGACAUCUUCACGGACCCGGUGACGCUGUGCACGGGGCAGACGUACGACCGGCCGUGCAUCGAGCGGUGGCUCGCCGCCGGCCACCGCACCUGCCCCGUCACAAUGCAGCCACUCGGCGACGCCACCGUGCUCGUGCCGAACCGCACGCUGCGGCACCUCAUCGAGCGCUGGCUGUCCACCGACCAACAGCACCACAACCAGCAGCAGCAGCAGCUCCCCGAGCAGCCGGCGGCGGUAGCGUCGACGGGCGCCGAGGCCGACGCGGAGGAGCCGUCGCUCGCGGCGCUCAAGCGUCGGCUGGAGCAGCCGGGCGCCGGCAAGGGGAAGGUCGGCGCGCUCAGGAAGGUGAUGACGCUGGCGUCCGAGUCGGACGUCGGCCGCGCGUGCAUGCUCCAGCUGGGCUUCCUGCCCGUGCUGCUGCAGCUCGCCUUCCACGCGCCGCCGUCCUCGGAGUGCCGCGGCGAGGUGGAGGAGCUCGCGCUGCAAUGCGCGCUCAGCCUCAUGCCGUCGAGCGCCGCCUCGCCGCAGCUCGGCUGCCUCAACGCGCUGAAGAGCGAGGCCAGCCUGGCGUCGUUCGUCCGGCUGAUGGAGCGCGGCCGCGGCCGGACUCGGGCGGGGCUGUGCCGCCUCCUGGAGACCAUCGCCACGGCCUCCGCGACGAGGGAGCUGGCGCUCGUCGUGGCCGCGUCGCCGCGGGUGUGGCAGGCGCUCGUUCCGCUCCUGCAGCACGACGGAGCGCCGCCGCCGCCGCCCGACGCGUCGGAGGCCGCCGUGCGCGCCGUCGCGGCGAUCUGCGCGUCGGAGCCGGCGCGGGGCAGCGCCAUCCACCACGGCGCGGUCGGGGCGCUCUUCAGGCACCUCUCCUGGGCGUCCUCGGGCAAGUGCGCCGCGGGCGAGGCCGCCGUGCCGAGCGCGCUGGCGGCGGUGGAGGCGCUGUCGGCGUCGGAGGCCGGGCGCAGGGCGGUGGCGCGCGCCCCCGGCGCGAUGCAGGCGCUGGUGAAGCACGUCUUCAUGAUGAACUCGAGCAACGACGGCAGCGAACACGCGGUGGCGGCGCUGCUGGCCGUGUGCAGGGAGUCGCGGGCGGCGCGGAGCGAGGCGGCCGGCGCCGGGGUGGUGACGCAGCUGCUGAUGCUUCUCCAGAGCCAGUGCAGCGCCAGGGCGAAGGCCAAGGCCAGGUCGCUGCUGAAGCUGCUCAAAUCCAUGUGAACGACGACGGAUCUUCUUCCAGUGUCGUUGUGGAACGCCCGCCAUUGCCGGAGUUUAAGGUGGUAGGUGUUCUUGAAAGCUGUAAGUUUUGCGUCAAGAAUGUCUACACGAUGGCAUGUAGGCUGAUCGACUCCAGCAAUUUCGUGGUUCGGAUAGACCAAAAAAAAGUCUUUUUUUCUGCCUGACUCUCCAAAUGCAACUUGAUAUUUAGCAAGAUGAACAAGACUAAA